UAUAAUAAUAAUGAGAUAAAUGUGUUUUAUGAUACUCUGAAUCAGCAUCAGACUGAAGCCACUGACUCUGGUCACCAUGGUGACGCUGACACUACCAGUUACCAUGGCUACAGCUGUGGAGACAACAUUGCUGACUGCUGCCGAAAAAAACUACAGACACACCCACAAUGCAUUUCUGCCUCUGUGUUCCAGAUGGUCAGGAGAGAGGACUGCGCCGGCAGAGCAUGCCCAGUAGCUCCGCCCUGGACACGCCCACCACCAGGGUGACGGGCUUCCUGUCCCGGAGGUUGAAGCAGUCUCUUCGUCGUACUCACUCUCAGCCUAAACUGUCUCGUCACAGCAGCAUGAGGUCGGACCUGAUCGCCGCUGACAGCAGGUGUGUGAUGCGGCAGCUGCGUUGCGGUAGCCAGGAGUCGUUGCUAAGCGCCGGCUGUGUGUCGUCUCUGGAACUCAAGAUGGACCAAUCAGUGAUCAUCAAACCAGUUCACUCCUCUCUACUGGGGCAGGACUACUGCUUCGAGGUAACGACCUCGACAGGGACGAAAUGCUUCUCGUGUCGCUCGGCAGCAGAGAGAGAUAAGUGGAUGGAGAACCUGCGGAGAGCCGUUCACCCCAACAAGGACAACAGUCGGCGGCUGGAGAACAUCCUCACAGUCUGGGUGAUCGAAGCCAAGGACCUGCCCGCCAAGAAACGGUACUUCUGCGAGCUGUGUCUGGACGACAGUCUUUACGCUCGGACGUCAUGUAAACUGAAGACUGACAACAUAUUUUGGGGAGAGCGUUUUGACUUCAGCAGCCUGCCGUCCAUCAGUGCGGUGACGCUUCACCUCUACAAGGAUACUGACAGAAAGAGGAAGAAGGACAAGAGCAGCUACGUUGGGUUGGUCAACAUCCCCGUCGCCAUGGUGACCGGCAGACAACUGGUGGAGAAGUGGUACUCGGUGAGCACGCCCAGUACCAGCCGGGGUAAGUCUUCAGUUCCCACCGUGCGAAUCAAAGCUCGCUAUCAGAGUAUCGUCAUCCUGCCGAUGGAGCAGUAUAAAGAGUUUGCAGAGUACAUCAGCUCCAACUAUCUGCUGCUCUGCAACACACUGGAAGCUUCAAUCAGCCUGAGAGCCAAAGAAGAGCUCGCUGCUGCACUCGUACACAUCCUGCACAGCACCGGCAAGGCCAAGGACUUCCUGACUGAUCUGAUGAUGUCGGAGGUAGACCGUUGCCGUGACAACGACCAGCUGAUCUUCAGGGAGAACACGCUGGCCACAAAGAGCAUCGAGGGGUACCUGAAGCUGAUUGGACAGAAGUACCUGCAGGAUGCUCUGGGUGAGUUCAUUAAAGCUCUGUAUGAGUCAGAUGAGAACUGUGAGGUCGAUCCGUCCCGCUGUGCGACCUCUGACCUCGCAGAGCACCAGGCCAACCUGAGGAUGUGCUGUGAACUCGCUUUCUGCAAGAUCCUCGACUCAUACAGGGUGUUUCCGCGGGAGCUGAAGGAGGUUUUUGCGUCAUGGCGACAGGAGUGUGGUAACCGGGGGCGACCAGAUAUCAGCGAGCGUCUCAUCAGUGCCUCGUUGUUCUUGCGUUUCCUGUGUCCGGCUGUGAUGUCACCAUCUCUGUUCGACCUGAUGCAGGAAUACCCCGACGAGCGCACGGCGCGAACUUUGACCCUCAUUGCUAAAGUCAUCCAGAACCUCGCCAACUUCAGCAAGUUCGGCACUAAAGAGGAGUACAUGCUGUUCAUGAAUGACUUUGUGGAGCGGCAGUGGAGCAGCAUGCAGCGUUUUCUGCAGGAGAUCUCAAACCCAGAUGGACUGAAUCACACUGCCGGCUUCGACGGAUACAUCGACCUUGGACGAGAGCUGUCCAGCCUGCACACCCUGCUGACUGAACUGGACCAGUCGAGCCUGUCAAAGCUCGGUCCCCUUCCUCGGAUCCUCAGAGACGUGUCGGCGGCUCUGGCUAACCCUGGGGGCGUGGCUAACCCUGGGGGCGUGUCUGUAUCCUCUCCAGAGCCUCAGCGUGUGGUGUCUCCGCCCCCACUGUCUCCGCCCCUCUCUCCUCCUCUGGCGGCCUGUAAUCCCUCCAUUGGCCUGCAGGGUGGCGUGGGACUGGAAGGAGGUUUGGUAGAUUUCACCAGACUUCCGUCUCCGACUCCAGAGAACAAAGAUUUGUUCUUUGUCACCAAAGGAUCAAGCCUGCAGCCGGCCUCAGGCCUGCAGGGCUCUCCUGCACCGAGCUCUUCGUACUCGGAGCCCAAUGAGAAUGAGGCGGGAUUUGAAAUGACCAAUGGGAGCCGGAGGGAGGGGCCAGAGCUGACCAACGAGAGCCGCAGUCUGUCUCUGGUCGACCUGCAGGACUCCUCCCCUAGCGACGGCCUUGAUGACAGCCAAUGGCAGCGCAGGACGGGGCUCCUCCCCCUGUCUUUCCAGAACCCUGUGUAUCACAUGACCGCCACAUCACCACGGCAACCGCAGCAGCAGGCCGACGCCACACCAUCUGACGGCUCGGUGGGGUCUCAGGGAAACGCUGACGACAGAAACACCAUGGCGACCAAACCGGCGUUUCUUACCCAGAUGUCUGUGGGGCUGAGCGGGGCUGAGCGGGGUGAACGCGGAGAGAGGAUGUCGGCCAUGUCGAGCAGCAGCAGCGGAGAAGAAUACUCCCGCCGAGCGCUGUCACUCACCGACACGCUCACAGGUAGUUCCGCCCCCCCUCGUCAGACUUCAUCGGGUCCUCAGAGACGCAUCGACCAGCCCCCUCCCCCCUCCUCCGCUCCACCGGGCCCGCCUCGCGGCCGGACACCUCCCAGCAUGCUCAGCGGUGGCGGAGGCUCCGCCUACCCUCCUCGCCCCGCUUCUGGCAGUAUGAUGUCAUCAAGUCCUGAUUGGCCGAGCAGCGGCCAGUCACGGCUCAGACAGACGUCCUCGUCGUCCAAAGGAGACAGCCCCGAGAAACAACGACCGGCUACCAAGGCUCCGUCCCCCUGUGCGUUGGAUCGUACCGCCGCCUGGCUGCUCAACAUGAACUCUGCCUCCUCCUAUGGAGAGACGGAGGACGAUCGCCAUGACGACGCCCUCAUCGAUAAGUAUCAGCAGGAGAUUGCGUUGCUGCAGGAGAAGUUGCGAGUUGCAGCGCUGCGGCAGGAGGAGUGUGAAGCCCGUCUGCUGGUCCAGGAUCAGCAGAACCAGCGCAUGCUGCAGGAGUACCAGGCUCGGUUGGAGGACACAGAGAGCAGACUGAGGAGGCUGCAGGACGAUAAAGAUCUCCAGAUGAACAGCAUCAUCAGCAGGUUGAUGGCUGUAGAGGAGGAGCUGAAGAAGGAUCAUUCUGACAUGCAGGCUGUGGUGGACUCCAAACAGAAGAUCAUAGAGGCUCAGGAGAAGAGGAUUGCGAGUCUCGACGCUGCGAACAGCCGUCUGAUGGCAGCUCUGACUCAGCUGAAGGAACGGUACGCAGUGACAUCACAGAGGAACGGCCUGUCGCCUAGCAACACGUCAUCCCUGCAGAUCACUGAGAACGGAGAGUUUCGCAACUCUGGCAACUGCUGAGCCACCAGCUGCUGAAUUCUGAUUGGCUGUGACUGCAUGGAGGGGGAGGGGCUUAUCUGCAUGAGUGUGUGAGAGGCAGCAGGAGGCAGGAUUUUUUUAAAGAAAAUCAACCAAUCAGUGCUGUCGUAGUUCCCACAGACCUGUCAAUCAACUGUCACUUCCCUCCAAGGACGCUCUGACCUCUGACCCUUGUUGCUAGGUUACGCCUCAGUCUCGUUUUUUGUUUUGCAUGUUUCCUCUUUCAACUUCCUAUACAGCAAAGUGUGACAUCAUAUCCAAGAACCACCUGCAGCAACUCCAGCUGUUUAUGGCUCUGGUCUGACUGGUUAACUCCAGCUGUUUAUGGCUCUGGUCUGACUGGUUAACUCCAGCUGUUUAUGGCUCUGGUCUGACUGGUUAACUCCGGCUGUUUAUGGCUCUGGUCUGACUGGUUAACUCCGGCUGUUUAUGGCUCUGGUCUGACUGGUUAACUGUGGCUGUUUAUGGCUCUGGUCUGACUGGUUAACUGUGGCUGUUUAUGGCUCUGGUCUGACUGGUUAACUGUGGCUGUUUAUGGCUCUGGUCUGACUGGUUAACUGUGGCUGUUUAUGGCUCUGGUCUGACUGGUUAACUGUGGCUGUUUAUGGCUCUGGUCUGACUGGUUAACUCUGGCUGUUUAUGGCUCUGGUCUGACUGGUUAACUCCAGCUGUUUAUGGCUCUGGUCUGACUGGUUAACUCUGGCUGUUUAUGGCUCUGGUCUGACUGGUUAACUCCGGCUGUUUAUGGCUCUGGUCUGACUGGUUAACUCCGGCUGUUUAUGGCUCUGGUCUGACUGGUUAACUCUGGCUGUUUAUGGUUCUGGUCUGACUGGUUAACUCUGGCUGUUUAUGGCUCUGGUCUGACUGGUUAACUCUGGCUGUUUAUGGCUCUGGUCUGACUGGUUAACUCCAGCUGUUUAUGGCUCUGGUCUGACUGGUUAACUGUGGCUGUUUAUGGCUCUGGUCUGACUGGUUAACUCUGGCUGUUUAUGGCUCUGGUCUGACUGGUUAACUCCAGCUGUUUAUGGCUCUGGUCUGACUGGUUAACUGUGGUUGUUUAUGGCUCUGGUCUGACUGGUUAACUCCAGCUGUUUAUGGCUCUGGUCUGACUGGUUAACUGUGGCUGUUUAUGGCUCUGGUCUGACUGGUUAACUGUGGCUGUUUAUGGCUCUGGUCUGACUGGUUAACUCCAGCUGUUUAUGGCUCUGGUCUGACUGGUUAACUCCAGCUGUUUAUGGCUCUGGUCUGACUGGUUAACUCCAGCUGUUUAUGGCUCUGGUCUGACUGGUUAACUGUGGCUGUUUAUGGCUCUGGUCUGACUGGUUAACUCUGGCUGUUUAUGGCUCUGGUCUGACUGGUUAACUGUGGCUGUUUAUGGCUCUGGUCUGACUGGUUAACUGUGGCUGUUUAUGGCUCUGGUCUGACUGGUUAACUCCAGCUGUUUAUGGCUCUGGUCUGACUGGUUAACUGUGGCUGUUUAUGGCUCUGGUCUGACUGGUUAACUGUAUAUAAAUAUGGACGCCAUGACAGCUCCCCAAAAGUGAAGCCAAAACAUCUGGAUUGCCCCCUGGUGGCUGCUGCAGUACGGGUCAUAAGUCCCGCCCCCUCCAUGUUAGCAGAUGGGACGUGAACCAAACGAAAAAAUCAAAGCACACAUCAAAUAGAUUUUUCCCAAAGAUGGUUUCUGUUAUUUGACGUCGUUCUUAUCAGGCUGAUGUUUGUCCAUGUGCUCAUUUAUCUGAUCAGUUUGUUUUUAAUCAGUAAUUUGACGAUAUAAAAAGGGGGUGUGACAUCAUGACUCCGUCUGGCCGCAGGACGGCGGAGGGGGCGUGUCCUGCGAGCCGUCAUCCCACCGCCCGACUCUACUGCGCAGACUCUGGCUCCAAAUGACGUCACACA